UGAAGUGUCCCAGGUGUCCCCAGCUGUGUCCACACGUGUCCCCAGCUGUGUCCAGGUGUGCACAGGUGUCUCCAGGUGCCCCCAUGGCCGCUGCUCGCCUGGGCCGGCCCCUGCCGGGCUCCUCGGUGCUGUUCUUGUGCGACCUCCAGGAGCGGUUCCGGAGCUCCAUCGCCGCCUUCCCUCAGAUCGUGGCCGUGGCCGCGCGGAUGCUCCAGGGCUGCCGGAUUUUGGGGGUGCCCGUGCUGGUGACAGAGCAGCGCCCGGAUAUUUUGGGGCCCACGGUGCCGGAACUGGGGGCGCAGGACCUGCCCCGGAUCCCCAAAACCGCCUUCAGCAUGGUGGGGGCGGCCGCGCCCCUCCUGGGGGACCCCAAAAUCCGCUCCGUGCUCCUCUGCGGCAUCGAGGCGCAGGCCUGCAUCCUG